AUGGCUCUUCGACUACCCACUUUUAGGCUGCUUCCGCAGCUCGCCCAGGCCGCCCGGCCAUCACGAAUAUGCCCGCAAUGUUGCCGCGCAUUCUCGACAACGCCCAUAUCACAGUCAGGGCACAAUAAAUGGUCCAAGAUCAAGCACACGAAAGGGAGGGCGGACCAAAAGAAGACCUCCGAGCGCACAAUAUUUGUACAAGCCAUAACAUUAUACUCAAAAUUGUACGGUCCCGACCCCAACCUAAACACCUCCCUGGCCAACGCAAUCUCAAUCGCCAAGAAGGCCAGCACACCAAAAAAUGUCAUAGACCAGGCCGUCGCACGAGGCCAGGGCCGCUCACUGUCCGGCGCAACGCUCGAGACGAUGAAGUUCGAGGUCAUGAUCGGCCCAAACGCCUUCAUCCUGGACGUGGAGACGGACAACAAGCUGCGCGCGCUGCAGGACGUCAACGUCGUGAUCCGCAAGCACAAGGGCCGCACCGGCGCGACCGAGUUCUUCUUCAGCAGGCUGGGGCGGGUCGUCUUCGAGAAGCACGACAAGGUCGGACUGGACGAGAUCAUGGACGAGGCCAUCGAGCUUGGCGCCGAGGACCUCGAGGCCGACGACGAGGGCAACAUGAUCGUGUGGUCGCAGCCGACCUCGACCAUGCAGAUCGCACAGGGCGUCGCCAAGAGCUUCGACCUCAAGGUCCUGAGCUCCGAGAUCAUCUGGUCGCCCAACGAGGACACGCGGCCGACGGUCGACUCGGUCGACGACGUCAAGAGCCUGGCAGCUUUCGUCGAGGCCUUGUCCGAGCUACCCGAGGUCCAGGCUAUAUACUCCAACGCUGCCAAGGGCCCGAGCGUGCCUGAGGAGGAGUGGGAGGCCUUCGAGGACAACCUGGACUCGUAG